AUGAGGGACCAGAGGUAUACACGUGUAGAAGAACGUGGAGAAGUGUGCUGGGCGGGGCAGGCGAGUACCUACCUUACCUCCCUAGGUUGCAAUCACUGCAGUCUAAAGAAGGCUUUUGUCAAAGCAAAAAGCAUUGUUCCCUCGUCCAAACACUUAGCUAACCUAAGGCCGAACUCGAAUGAUGCAGUUCGGUGCGUGGUCGUGGCCUCGCUCUCCAGAUAG